AUGAAGCUUUCGGGGAGUACGAAAAAAUUAUUAAUAAGAAUUGUACUCUUUCUUUUAUACCUUGUCAUCGGGGCUGGGAUAUUUGUGGCUAUUGAAACGCACGGUGAACAGGACGAACGUCGGAAAGCUGAAGAAUUUAUUGAAGAAGUAGAGAAUUUAACAAAGUAUUUUAAUUCUUCGGAGAAAGUUACGAAGUUUUUAUUGGACUUUAAACACGCUUUGCGGUACGGAUAUAACAUCAAAUCGAACGAUUUUGAUCCACCAAAGUGGAGUUAUAUGAAUUCGUUUUACUUCGUUGGAAAUAUUGUUACGACAAUUGGUAAGUAG